CGUGUGAACAGAGACGGUCUCACAGAUUCGACAUGAUGUCCUGGUCCGUCCUCGUUCUGGGGCCUCUCUGGAUCCAAGGUCUGCUCCAGGUCUGCACUACGGAGAAGCUGCCCAGAGGGGUACUGGUGUCCUGGUUCAGGAAACGGGUUCUGGAAGGCCUGGGCCUGUUGGAGCCUCCGGCACCUGCAGCACAGAAAGGAGCAGAGCCAGAGACGAGGCAGUGGGAGGGGAGGGUGCCCAGGACUAACAGAGCAGUCCGGGUCAGUUGGCAACCCGGCCCGGGUCAAGACAGAUCUUAAGUGAUUCUGUUUCCAAGUCCAGAUUCCUCCUGGAUCCUGGCUGAUGCAGAAGCGAGAGGAAACUGCGGCGGCGCACCGUCGUAUCGCUUCCAGCCGUUCAUUCCCUUCCAGGUCACCGUAGUAUCGUCAGCUCGCUUCUGGUUCUACGGUGGCCCAGCAGUGAACGCUUCGCUGCUGUUUAUGCUCACCUUUGCACAGCGGCGACUACAGGCGGCCCGGGGUCCCGCAGCGAUCAACCCCGACGGCUGGAUCACCUUUGACCUGGACGAGAGCGUCCUGGCUCCUAUGGUUGAGGGUCCCUUCCUGCUGCAGCUCCAGAGCUCAACGGGUCAGCGCCGCUUGACGAACCCAAAUGAGACGCCGUUUCUCCACCUCCACAUUCAGCCCAGAGUGCCUGUCUGCUCCCCCAGAGGGGCCCCGGUCAACAUCCUCUGGUCCCCCGCUGCCCUCCGCCUCCUCCAGCGGCCCUCCCAUGAAGGGCCACAGCUCCGGGACUGCCGCAGGGAGCAGGUGGAGAUCAGCUUCCAGGAGCUGGGGUGGGACAGCUGGAUCGUUCACCCCAAAGGACUCACCGUCUUCUACUGCCGCGGGAACUGCUCGACCAUGAGGUCCCUCGGGAUCACCACUACGUCUGACGGCGGGUACUCGUUCAAAUACGAGACUCUGCCCAACAUCAUGCCUGAGGAGUGUAGCUGUUUCUGAACAUGAGGGGAAGGACGGGCCCCUGGUCACUUUAUCAGGAAAUAUUAAAAUACUUUACAAACAAAAUAUUUCGGUUUCUCAGUGUUGCAUCCAACAUAGGUUGGUAGGUAAAACCCAAUUAAGAUCCAGGUCUCAUUUAGAAGAGGGACCCAUACAUAAAGAUAACCUGCAGAUAAAUUUAUACAACAAUACUUAUUUAUAUUAAGAGGAUUAUUCUGAGAAUUAAGUUUUGAGUAGAGAAUCAUUAAUAGAGCUGCAGCCAUUUAAGGUUUUGUCCAUAUGGAUCCGACGCUAAAAACUUGUUCCAAAAAUCAAAUUUUAAAAAUGGAAUUUGUAGAACAGAUUGAUGAAGCUUCAUACUGUAAAUCAAGUGUUUUGUGUUGCAAACUUCAUAACUCCAUCCUAAUUAGAUCACCUUUGAGAUUCAAGUUAAAUCUUAGCCCUUCUAAAAACUGUACAUCAAUGUUGAUUCUACAUGUAAAAAAAUGAA